AUCUUUAUUAAGAUAUUUCAAUCUGAGAUUAAUGAGUGUAGAAAACCGAUUUGCAAGAGAUACUUCUUAUAUAUUCUUUUGUCAAUAUAUGUCUGAACUAGAUAGAGUUAUGUCAAAUGUUCAAAUUUCCUUAAGGAAAGGAUCGGUGUUUUCAAAUGGAAAGAAAGUAACAGGCAAAAUGCUAUGUGAUAAAGACACAUUACAUGGGUUAUUCCGAAAAGAUGAGGCAAUAAAGUUUAUGAAACCUGUAAGAGGAACACCUCCUUAUUGGCAAGCUGAACAAAAGAAUAUUUUUGCUAUGAUUCGCCAGUUAGGUAUUCCCACAUUCUUUGCCUCGUUUUCUUCUGCAGACUUCAGAUGGAAAGAAAUCAUAGAAACAAUAUUGAAGCAACAAGGAGAUAUUCGUAAGUUUGACGAACUUACUUGGGAUGAAAAGUGCAAAGUCCUUUGUAGUAAUCCUGUUACACCUGCACGAAUGUUUGAUCGUAGAUUUAAAAGAUUUCUAAAAGAUGUUAUAAUGUCAGAUGCUCAACCAAUUGGUCAUGUGAUAGACUACUUUUAUAGAGUUGAAUUUCAACAGAGAGGUUCUCCACACACGCACUGUUUGUUCUGGGUAGAAGAUGCCCCAAAAUUUAAUGAAGAUGAAGAUGAUAUUGUAACUGAGUUUGUUGACAAAUAUAUAACAUGUAAACUACCGCUGGAAACCGAGGACUCAGAGCUAAAAGACAUUGUCACAACUGUACAACAACAUAGCAAAACACAUUCAAAAAGUUGUAGAAAAAAGGGAACUGUGUGUCGUUUUAAUUUCCCAAGACCACCCUCUGAAAAAACAUUUAUAUCACGCCCAUCUAAGGAUGAUGAAGAAGAAUGUAGUGUUGCUGAUGACACUGAUGAAGAUGUUGACGAUGAUGUUGUUGAAAAACCAAAAUCGGGAAUUAGUUCAUUAGAAGCUAAAAAGAUAUUAGAAUCUCUAUGGGCUGUAAUCAAAGACUGUGAAAAGGAAAAUUUAACUACUACGGAGUUAUUCAUAAGGGCAGGAGUAUCUCAGGAAGAUUUUCAAGAAUGCUUUAGGUCAGUUACAUAUAGAAAUACUGUGGUGUUAAAAAGAAACAAAAAUGAAAUGUUUAUCAAUCAGUACAACCCGCAUCUCCUGAAAGCAUGGGACGCAAAUAUGGAUAUACAAUACAUAUUAGAUGCUUAUUCUUGUGUUGUUUAUAUAAUAAGUUACAUCAGUAAAUCAGAACGUGAACUUGGAUUGUUGCUACAACAAACAAAAAAUGAGGCCGCUGAUGGAAAUUUGAAUGCACAACAUACAAUGAAACAAGUAGGUACUGCAUACUUUCACUUUCGAGAGCUGAGUGCCCAAGAAGCUGUUUUUAGAGUGAUCGGCUUAAGUUUGAAAGAAUGUUCAAGAAAAGUUGAAUUCAUUCCAGUUGGAGAAAAUCCAUGUAAAAUGAGUAUUCCUCUAAAAGAACUUUUAAUCAAAUCUAAAAGCGCAAAUACAAAAAAACCUUCAAAGGAAAUCGAUGAUGAUGAUGACAUUGAUGACGGUGAUGAUAUCGAACUUUGGAUGAAAAGCAUUACUGAUAGAUAUAAAAGUCGACCAGAACUUGAAUUAUUUAAUCAGAUGUGUUUAGCUUCAUUUUGCUCCGAGUUUUCAGUUUUAGCAGAAACACAGGUUCCAAAUAAAAUAAAUGAAGAUACCACAUUCAAACUUAAAAAUGAUAUGGGAUACAUCAGAAAGCGGACAAGAACCCAGCCUGCUAUUAUCAAAUAUGCACGAUUUUCCAUUGAAACAUCGCCUGAACAGUACUACCAAAGUAUUUUACAGUUAUAUUUACCUUACAGAUUAGAGGAACAGUUGAAACCGCCACAAUUUUUGACAUAUGAAUUGUUUUACAAAUCAGGAAUGGUCAGGUAUAAUCAGAAAGAGGUUCUUGUUAAAGUCGAACAAAUAGUUAAUACUAACAUGUCCAACUUUGUGAAAAGUGGCAAAGAGCUAGAAGCUGCAGAAAAAAAAUUGGAAGAAAAUGAUUACCAAGAAGAUGCGUGGGCAGACCUAUGUCCAGAAACAGAGAGUGAAAGACGUGAAUGCACUGAAGCAGCCAAAUCUUCAACUGUCAUAGAAGUCGACAGUCCUGAAUUUGGAAUACCAGAUUUAAAUAAAAGUAACAAGCCAGAAAUAGUUAGUGGAAAUGGGAUUAAAACUUGUUUACUAAGGUCGGAAGUUAUACCCUUGUUGAGAGGUUUAAACAUGAAACAAAGGCGUAUUUUCUAUAAGGUAAGAGAAUGGUGCAACCUAAAAGCCAAUGGUAAAAAUCCCCCUCCCUUUCACGUCUUUGUAACAGGCGGAGCUGGAACAGGAAAAAGCCAUCUGAUUAAAUGCUUACAUUAUGAAACCACAAGAAUUCUUGCUCGCUGCUCUCCUAGUCCAGACGAUUUGACAGUUUUAUUGACUGCACCAACUGGCACUGCAGCCUUCAAUAUAAAUGGAUUGACGAUUCACCAUGCUCUUUCUAUUUUCAAAACUCUUACUGUUGACAAAGCGAUGCUUGGUGAAGAUAAGCUGAACACUUUAAGGUCAAAAUUAGAAAAUUUACAAAUUUUAAUCAUAGACGAAGUCUCAAUGGUCAACAAGAGGUUGUUAUUCUUCAUUCAUGAACGGUUGCGUCAGAUCAAGAAAAGACCUGAAAAAGAUCCUUUUGGUGGGGUUUCAGUGAUAGCUGUUGGAGAUUUUUUUCAGUUACCACCAGUAAAAUGCCGAAAAACUGAUAAACUUUAUGUAGAUGAUCCAUCGAAUCCUUUGAACUAUCUGUGGAACGAUUUCUUCACUAUUGUAGAAUUAGAUGAAGUCAUGAGACAACGUGAAGAUGGUUUGUUUGCUCAGUUAUUGAAUAGACUUAGGAUAAAAGACAAAUAUUCUCCGUUAGAAUCCUCAGAUUUAAAAAUGUUAAAGCAGUGUAUAGGUAGUGGGACAGAUGAAGCUUUACACAUUUAUGCUACUAAUAAUGAGAUUAAUAUUCACAAUACUGAAAUGGUUAUUAAACUGUCCAGUGAACCUAAGUUAAUUGAAGCACAAGAUUUUGAAAAAAAUAAAGCUACAGGAAAACUAAGAAAGAAAACAGCAAAUUUUUCACAAACUGAUAUUUGUCUCCCAACUUCAAUUCUAUUAGCUGAAGGAGCCCGCGUAAUGCUGAAAAAGAAUGAAGCCGUCAAUGAUGGCUUGGUAAAUGGGGUAAUGGGCACUAUUGUCAGCAUUGCAGAAUUUUUAGAAGGGUCUUUGCCGAAUGUUAUUUUUAUCAAUUUUGACAAUGAGAGAGUAGGAAAAAACGCUAAGAUUCAAAAAACAAUAAAUGGGAAAAGAUGCGUUGGAUUGGAACCAUCUACAGAGGACAUACCAUUCAAAAAUGGAACGAGAAAACAGUUUCCUUUGCAGUUAGCAUGGGCAUGUACUGUUCAUAAAGUUCAGGGUUUGACAGUUUCACAAGCAGUUGUGGAUUUGAAUAAAUGCUUCACUUAUGGCCAGGCAUAUGUUGCAUUGAGUAGAGUUACUACAAAAGAAGGGCUUCAUAUAUUACCAAUUGAUGACAAAACACUUGGUAAAAAAAUAUACUGUGAUCCUGAUAUCAUAAAAGGCAUAAAAACAAUGAAACAUUAUCUGACUGAAAAUGUAGAAGCAUCAUCUGAAGAAACACUUGUAACUAUUGUUUAUCACAAUAUCCAAGGACUAAGAGCUCAUAAAAAUGAUUUAGUGGCUAAUUCAGACUGUACAGAUGCAGAUUAUGUCUGUCUGACUGAAACAUGGCUUGAAUCUUCCUCUGAUCAUGUUUAUCUUCCUAACUAUGAUUUUUAUCACCAACCAAGAUCUGCAGCCUACACACCGACUAAUUCUGUGUUUAUGAAUUUGCAAGCUAUGGGCCACGGAGGAGUUGGAGUAUAUGUAAAAACAGAUUCUGAAUAUGAAAAUUGUAACAUUACCGUGGAAAAUCUAGAAUGUAUGACUUUCAGAAUCCCCACCAUGAAUGUCCUUGUGGCAACAAUAUAUAGAACUCAGAAGUAUCAAAUUGGAAUAUUUCUUAAAACAUUUAUUUCGUUUGUAAGCAAAUUGACUGAACUUUCAAACAAUAUCAUUGUUUUAGGUGACUUUAAUCAAGACAUAUUAAAGGGAGAAAGAUCCAUACUGGACUAUAUGACUUCAAAAGGAUUUCAACAGCUAGUGGAAGAGGCCACAACAGAAGGUGGUACAUUGAUUGAUCAUGUCUAUGUCAAAGGUUGCUCAAAAGUAGAAGUUAAAGGCAUUCCAACUUACUACAGUUAUCACGAUGCUGUAUCC